AUGGCCGUGGCACCCCGGGCCCUGGCUCUUCCCCUGCCCCUGGUGCUGGCCCUGCUCAGCCUGGCACCGGCGUCCACCUUGGGAGGAUGCCCGAUGGCUUGCCGGUGUUCUUUUGCCAUGCUGCAGUGCCUGGAGCCCAAUGGCAUCGCCAGCAUCCCGGCACUGGCGCAGCAAGAGAGUGAGAAUGUGACAGAGAUUUAUAUAGAAAACCAAGCAGCCCUGGAGAAUAUAACAGACAUUGAUCUUGUUAACUACAGAGAGCUGAAGAACCUCACGGUGACAGCAUGUAAACUGAGGCUCAUCGCUGCCAACGCCUUCCAAUACAACCUCAAGCUCCAGUAUGUGAACCUGGCAUCAAAUUCCCUGGAACACAUCUCCUGGAGGGUGUUUCAUUAUCUACCACUGCUCAACCUGGUUUUGAGGGACAACCCUCUGGUCUGCUCGUGUGACCUCCACUGGCUCCAGCAGUGGCAGCAAAAUGAGCGCGGAGACCCGGACAACCAAAUUUUUUGUUUCUCCGAUGAUCAACCAAUACCCCUCAACCUGUUGGUGAUAGAAAACUGCAGUCUGCCUGAGGUGACCAUCGUCUCCUUCAAAGACUCAAAGAUUCAAGAAGGAGGAAACCUGACAUUUGCAUGUCAAGUGACAGGAAGUCCAACCCCCAAUGUGAGAUGGCGAACAGAGGAUCUCAAAUCUCAAUCUUUUACACAGGAGAGAAUCUGGGGCUCUGCAUUAGAGCUGGUCCUUUUCCUCACCAACGUUUCUUCGUAUGACAACCUGCACAACCUAACCUGUGAGGCCGAGAACCAAGCUGGUCCCGGGGAGGACAUGGUGCAAUUGGACAUUGAGUUUCCAGUCAAAAUAAUCUUCCUGAAGGACGCCGUGCAGCAGCACCACUGGUGUUUCCCCUUUGCUGUCGACGGCAACCCUGAACCACGCAUCACCUGGCUCUACAAGGGCAAGCUACUCAACGAGAGCAUCUACACGUACACCCAGCUCAUCCCCGACCCGGCCGACGGCUCGGUGAAGCACGGAUGUCUCUUCCUCAACAAGCCCACCCACAUGAACAACGGCGACUACACUCUGAUUGUGGAGAACAAGCUGGGCCGGGAUCAGGCCACGGCCGUCGGGAAUUUCAUGGAAAACCCCUUCGACGAUCCUGAGGGGAUAAUUCCAGUCCUUGUGGAUCCAAGACCUACCAAGAAAUCAGACAUGGACGUCACAGAGAACUCAGAGAGUCGAGUGUUUGUGGUGUCUGUGGCUGUGGGUCUCGCUGUGUUUGCCUGCACCUUCCUUCUCAUCAUGGUGUUGGUUAUUAACAAGUGUGGCCAGCAUUCAAAGUUUGGCAUUCACCGUUCAUCAGUUUUGGGCACUGAGGAUGACCUGGCUGUGUCGCUGCGCUUCAUGAACUUUGGAACGAGCCCGCCUUCCUCGGAUGAAGACUCUGGUUUAUCCAGCUUUGUAGAGAACCCGCAGUACUUCUGUGGCAUCAUCAAGGAGAAAGACAUGUGUGUGCAGCAUAUUAAGCGUCAGGACAUCGUGUUGAAGUGGGAGCUGGGUGAAGGAGCGUUUGGCAAAGUCUACCUGGCAGAGUGCGCCAACCUCAGCCCCGACAGCGACAAGAUGCUGGUCGCCAUCAAGACUCUAAAGGACGCCAACGAGUCGACCCGGCAGGACUUCCAGAGGGAGGCGGAGCUGCUGACGGUGCUCCAGCACCAGCACAUCGUGCGGUUCUACGGUGUCUGUACGGACGGAGAGCCGCUGGCCAUGGUGUUUGAAUACAUGAGACACGGAGACCUCAACCGCUUCCUCAGAGCUCACGGCCCUGACGCUCGGAUCCUGGAGGAGUCCAAGAUGCCCCCGCUGGGUCAGCUCACUCUGCCUCAGAUGUUGCACAUCGCCGCCCAGAUCGCCUCGGGCAUGGUCUACCUGGCAUCGCUGCACUUUGUCCACCGCGACCUGGCAACUCGCAACUGUCUGGUGGGGGAGGGCCUGGUGGUCAAAAUAGGAGACUUUGGCAUGUCCCGAGACAUCUACAGCACAGACUACUAUCGGGUGGGCGGACGGACGAUGCUGCCGAUCCGCUGGAUGCCCCCUGAGAGCAUCAUGUACAGGAAGUUCACCACGGAGAGCGACAUCUGGAGCUUCGGCGUCGUCCUCUGGGAGAUCUUCACCUACGGGAAGCAGCCCUGGUACCAGCUGUCCAACAGUGAGGCCAUUGAAUGCAUCACCCAGGGCCGGGAGCUGGAGAGGCCCCGUACCUGCCCCAAGGAGGUGUACCUGCUGAUGCAGGGCUGCUGGCAGAGAGAGCCCCAGCAGAGGAUGGUCAUCAAGGACAUCCACAGCCGCCUGCUGGCCCUGGUCAAGAACCCGCCGGUCUACCUGGACAUCCUGGGCUGAAGGGCCCAGAACCAGCCAGGGAGGGGUUCAGAGGCUGGAGAGCUCACGGUUUUAAUUUAAUUCCACUACAAUAAUCAGAAGUAAUUAGUUUUGCUGCUUUUCCAGCCUCGAUGCUUGGCAGACGACAUUACCCGCUUUACUUUUGCCUCAUCCCAGCUCGAC